ACUCCGGAGGCGCUGCGCUCGGCCCGGGAGCAGAGCGAGUGGAGCGGCGACCCGCGGCCGGGAGCGGGCGAUGCGGGCGCCGCCGGCGGCACCUGCGGCUCCUCUCGGCAGCGGCCGUUGUCUCCACCGCAGCAGCGCGGGCCCCAGCAGCCGAGGCAGCCACAGCCACUGUGGCCCGGGCAGCCUCCGCCGUGGUCUCAGCCUCUGAUGCGCCUGCCCGCUCCCGGCCCAGCGGCUCCAGGAGGAUGUGGGUCCUCGGCAUCGCGGCAACUUUUUGCGGAUUGUUAUUGCUUCCAGGCUUUGCGCUGCAAAUCCAGUGUUACCAGUGUGAAGAAUUCCAGCUGAACAACGACUGUUCCUCCCCCGAAUUCAUUGUGAAUUGCACGGUGAACGUUCAAGACAUGUGUCAGAAAGAAGUGAUGGAGCAAAGUGCUGGAAUCAUGUACCGCAAGUCUUGUGCCUCGUCAGCAGCCUGCCUCAUUGCCUCGGCCGGGUACCAGUCCUUCUGCUCCCCUGGGAAACUCAAUUCAGUGUGCAUCAGCUGCUGCAACACCCCUCUCUGCAACGGCCCCCGGCCCAAAAAAAGGGGCAGCUCCGCCUCCACUCUUCAGCCCCAGCUCCUGCCCACUGUUCUCCUGCUCAAGCUGACCCUCUUCUUGGCACCCUGCUGAAGCAGAAGGGGAUUCCAGCCCCUGCAGUUGUUCUUUUAACCCUUGCUCACCCCCUCUCCCCGAUUUUCUCUUGGGUGCCCCUUUAUUCUGGGCAGGGAAGGGAGGUUGUUCUCAUUCUUUUUGUUCCUUUGCAGUUAAUGAAAAAGCUCUGUGUAAGACAAUUUUGUAAGCUCUGAAAAAAUUCAGUCUGACUGAAUUUGCAGUGAGUACUUCAAGGAAGGAAAGGGGGAGUGGAAGUCCACCCCCCCCCCACCUCAACAUCUUUGUACCGGAGUCAAGGCCAAGCUGGUGGACUCGGCCCUUAGAAGACACGAAGGUGGGUAACUGCCUUUCCCCAGCCUUCUAGCCUCCACUCCAGGUUUCCUUUAGGGCCAUUCACGCUUCAUGCUCCUGCACCCCGUCCUCUGCGGUAGAAAUGGCUUGGGCAGCUGCCGCCAUUGGUUUCAUCUCGGAGUCGGGCUCUAGCAAAUGGAGACUGGUGAGCUGCUGGGGCUUAGAGUCAGGGUUGGCCUCGCUCUGGAAAGUGCUCAAGAAGACCUUGUUGGGUCUCCGGGCCGAGGAACCGCGCCGGAAGGAGGAGAAGAUCAAGGGGCGGGCGGAGCGCGCGCCGCGGGCCGUGCAGUCGAGCUGGGCGCGCCGGUGCCGCUCGAGGUUGGCGUGCGGCAGCGCCAGGCGGCAGCGCAGCGCCUGCGCGAACACCCGGCGGAACUGCUGCGAGGAGACGUUGUACAGCAGCGGGUUGAAGACCGAGCUGAGGUAGAAGGAGGUGUCCGAGAACGGGAGGAGCCUCAUGUAGACCCGGAAGUAGGCCCGGGUCCAGUCGUGCUUGGGCUGCGCGGCAGCCAUGAGCCUCCGAAUCUGGUUUGGCAGCCAGCACACUGCUAAGGUCACCACGAUGAGCCCUGGGCGGAAGGAGAGAGGGAAGAGAGCGUGAGAACCCCCAAAAAACCCACGCAACGUUUAGCCCUGCAGUUCUGUACUUAAGGGCCAGGAAAUUGGUAUCAUUUUUCAAUGUCGUGCUUGACAGCUGCUUUUGCCACUAGCAAAAAGAAAGGAAUUGAAUGCUGUUGCCGGGCCGGGGGAGUUGGCUGUGUUAAAGACCAUUAAAUGCUUUAGACAGCUUAUUUAUACCUGUUUUUUGUCUGUUAAUUUAGAAAAUGUUUUCACUGAUAUGUGUGUAUCCAGAAAGCAUUUUAUGGACUCGAUGAAUUCAGUCUUGUCUUUUUGCUUUAAAAAAAAAAAAAAAAAAGUAUGUGUACAGCAUAGCCAUGGUAGACUAAACAAUAUUUGUAUUUUUUUUAGCUGUCUGCAUAAAGAGCUGAGAUCUUUUCAGGUUAAAUGGAAGUAUUAUCCCUUUGGUAAGGAGAAAACCUAUUUAUUUAUACUGAUUCUGCAUUCAGUUUCAGGGGAAGCAAAAUCAGAAGUAGCCUGCCACCGGGAAUGCUUUUUGAACACAUGUGCUGGGAGUACACACCUGUAAUUAGGAUGCUUGUAUCAGCAAGGGCAUCUGUUUCUUUUCAAACACUAUUAGAUACAUUGUCUCUUCCACCCUCAUGGGGGGGGGAGACAAUUAUCCCAAAACAAUAGAAAAUCUUAAAAUCCCUUCAACUCCAUCUUAGAUUCCAGCCACUCAUGCCUUAUUUGCCUCUGCAGCACUGAGCGGCAGCGUGAAAAGCCCAGAAAAAGAGCACAUCUGAGAGAAGAGGGACCGAGACGCAGAUUAAAGAUUGACUGCAUGUACCUUUCUUUGCAUGUGCCACAUUUACAUUCUGUCUUAUACAACAUUGCUGGUUCUACUGACCUCUGACAGAGAAAAGGAUGACGUUCCAUGGAAGACCACACGUGUCAUGAGUGUACAGUGACAAAAAAAAAAAAGCUAACAAGAAAGGGAACAUCCAGGAUCUGCCAAGCAUCUGUUCUCUUCUCUUGGGGAGCUGUGACCAACAUGUAAGUUCCCCUUUGGGAAGCUGAUAUCUUACAUCAGUGCUUUAGAUUUUUGGAAAGGAUUCCUCCCUCUUCCAAAUUUGAGUAACAAGGAAACUACCCGAUUUUCUAGGAAACCACAGAAAGCAGUUGCUGGCAAUGAGCCUUUCCUGCCUCCGAUCCACUCAUGGUAAAUACUUUGUUACUAAAAGCAAAAGGAACAAACAGCCUGUUGAUGCAUCUAGGGUUACCAUCCUCACAUGUGUUUGCCUCCCAUCCCUUGUCUGAUGGUGGAGGUGCCCUGGGUGAGCACAGCUCCCUCAACAAAUCCCAGCUGUCUGCAGGGAGGGCCUGGGAGACUCUGCUCCCCUGAUAAUAACCAAGCAUUUUUCCUGUGAAACCUCAACCAGGCUUGAAGAACAAACCAAUUUGCAUAUGUCUUUCCUUUGAGUUUGCAUCCCUGAGAACACUUAGUAAUCCUAAAAUUAAAACAGGCAAGGUAACAUUGAGCUGAUGAAAAGGCCAAACAAAAAAACAAAAAACACUUCCAGUCAAGACCAUAUUUGGAAUAAUCUGGGUUGUACCUGCUGUAUGGGAAUUUUAAAAGUCAACAUCUUUCUGUGGUUUUUUUUUUGGAUUUUUUUUUUUCAUUGCUUUGAGAAGUGCUGGUGCUUCCAGCCACCUGGGCAACUCCGGUUCAAUUUUAGGUUACUUCUCCAUGGUUCCACCUUCUGCAGCUCUGACUGAAAGGUUUACUGUGUUAAUUGUGAAGGAGCCAGGAAGCUUGCCAUACCUGGGGAAGUAUCAUGUCUUCACAAAGUUUUAGCUUUUUUUUCCUCUCCCCUGAGGUUCAGAAAACAGGCACAAUUGUCUUUAUCUGAGGACUUACAUGUGUGUUCAGCUGCACCGUGGAAAGCUGUACUGCAGGUAGAAGGGAUCGAGGAAGGCAACGACACAUGGCUUAUUUAUACUUGCCUCGGGUUGAACAUAGCCCAGCUUUUACAGCCCAGAAGAGAAAGGAAAGUGGGGUUGUGAGGCAACAAGGUAAGAGGAUUAUAAAAUUGUUUUGGCUCCUUGUUCUCCUGAGCUCUUUUUUUAUACAGCCCUCCUCCUCCUGUGAAUUUCAACCCCUUUGCCUAGCUUCAGUUGUCUGAAACUGAUCUUCCCAUUAACGAAAACAGAGUCUGGGGAAAAGCAAGACCCCACACAUCAAGGUAGAAGGCCAGCGACAGGUGCAGAGAGGGUUAUGAACAGGUAUGUUGCUCUACGAUUGAGUGCACCAAAGGAGACAGCUCAGUCCGAAUACGUAGCAGAAAACGAAGACCAAGACAAGAUGCUUCAAUGAUGAGGGGGGAAAAGGGUAAGCUCACCUUCUAAGAGUAGCAUGGGCAGACAUGAGAGCAAAGACAAACUUAGAGAACAAGGGAGACAGAAAUGGACAGUGAUUCAAAAAUUAGGUCUUGAGAUAAAUCAUGAAUAAUGCAGACUAUUCAUUGAGUUUUCUCUAUGUCAGCUUCUGUGCUCAGCCCUCUGUUUAUUUCCCAAGCAUUUCCCAUUCCUGACAAGAACCUGGUGAAGUUGGAACUGUUGUUAUCCUCAUUUUAUAGACAAGGAAAUUGGGGCUCAGGGACGGUUGGGUUCCUAAGCAUGAAUAUGUGUGUGUAUGUGCACCAAAGACACAAUAUUGUCUAUUGCUCAUUGUUUUAUCACAAGCAAGAAAAGUGGACAUUAAUCAUAAUUCCACCACUUCAAGAGGCUAUAAAGCUGUAGUCCUGUCCUUUAAAAAUAUAAAGUAAGGCAUAUAUGUAAUUUUUAAAUGUUGAGUAGCCACAUUAAAAAAGUAAAAAGAUUGGUUUUACCUAUCUUAAUUGUUUAAUCCAAAAUUAUCAUUUCACAUGGAACUUCAGCCUAUUAAUAGGAAAAUUAAUGAGAUGAUUUACAUGUUUUCUCAUUCUAAGUCUUUGAAACCAACUGUGUCUUAACUCUUCCAAUACCACUCAAUUUGACUCAACCACAAGUGGGCUAGUAGCUACAGAACUACACUGCACACAAAGUAACAAGAGGCCCCUUUUUCAUUCCCUUCCCAGCCACAUACCCAGAGAGUCAUGUGAAAGCAAGAAAAGCCUCAAGGAAACUACCAG